UGAGUUGUGUGAUAUGUGUCACAUUAAGAUGGAUAUUCAAUUUAGAAGUUCAACUGAAUUUGAGAAUUACUUUGGAUUCUAGUAUUAUCCAAUUCACUAUUUUUCUAAUUCUAUUAAAGAUUUGUGUUAUUCAAUUUGUAGUGGAUUUCAUGAUAAUUAUAUUUGAAAAUAAUUUAAUGGAAAAUUUAGUUAUAAAAUGUAAAGAACUAAUUAUUAAGGUUUAAGUACUGAUUUGAAAAAAGUUAUUUACAACAUUUGUUUAUUAGAUAUGUACGUCAAACUUAUUGAUAUGAUAGAUUUAGAAUGUAAUAUUUGUUAUCAAUUUAUAUAUCGUUAUGAUGAAAUGACAAAAGUAUAUUAUUUGAUGUAAUCCACAUUGUCAUUGGGUUUUAUUAUUGUUUUGUAAAUAGGGUUUUUAUUCAUGUUUUAAAAUGGCUUUAUCUGUCUAUAUGGUAUGGAAAUAAUUAUGGUUUUAUUAUUUUUAUCUGUAAAAAAAUUGUUCUUUCCUUGUGCAUUUUAUAGGAAGAUUCAAAAAGUUCAUGAAAUUUAAAGGAAUUUGUUUCUAUCAAAUAUAAUUGUAUUCUUUUAAAAUCUAAAAUGAAAGAAUUAGACAAAUGCAUGAAAAUCCUCAUCAAAUCAUUAAAAUACUUCAAAAUCUAUUACUUAUGUAUUUAAUUGAACUAUUUCAAAAUCGGUUAAAUUACUGAAUCCAAUAUCACCUCCCAAACCUCAAUAUGUUUUGAGUGAUUUCUACUCAGUUGACAAAUGCAUUACAAUGCAUUAAAAUCAUCAUCAAAUCAUUUUAAAUACUUCAAAGUUCAUGUCUUCAAUUGAAUUAUUUCAAAAUCAAUUAAAUUACUGAAUCCAAUACCACCUCCUAACCUCAAUAUCUUUUGAGUGAUUUAUACUCAGUUGACAUGAAAAUGAGUUUGAAUGCUUUAUCUACAGAGUGCCCAAAACAAGCAGAAAAAAACGCUAGUUUUUAGUAGAAGAUGAUUGGAAAGAUCAACUUUCUCCAGAAUAAAACUCUGCCAAAAAGAAAAAAAAAUCAGCAGAGUGCAUAAACCAUCGCAUCCAACUCAAAUUUCUCCACCUUCGGAUGCUAGUGAGGAUCAUGAGUGCAUAAAACAUGCUCAGAUUUAUAAGAAACUUAUGUUUCCGCAUUGAUGUUUAUUGGGGUUCAAUCACCGCUACUUACCAUAUGAUGGCUUUUUGUUGUUGGUGCUCAGAUUCUGGAAGGGAAAUCUUUUAAACUCAAAGAUCGAGUUUGAUUUUAUAACAAAUCGUUUUAUAUAUAUUUCCAUGAUGAUGUUACAUUCGGUUCAAUAACUUGGUUUAUCCAACCGAUCGACUGUGAUCUUUGCUGAUCCACCUUAUGUAGUACGUGACUCCCUUUUGGGACAAUUAACCAGGAAAAUAUUAUAUUUUUGCUAGUGAUUGUUACACUAUAUCAUCUCUUUUGGUAUGCUCGUUACAUAACUCAUGACGAGCAUAUAGUUUCUCAUCGUAUUAAAAGAUUAUGAUUAUUAAUAAUAUGAUUGUAAACGACUUAAAACACCUGGAUUAGGGGUGUUAGGCAACAUGUCUAGGCUUCAUUUUUGAAACCACGAUGACAAGAACAGUUUGACUUUAAACCAGAAUUAAACACACAAACUCGUUGACACAUUUUUCGACAAACUCUACGAUGUAAGUUAGAAAGUAUGAGUUGCAAAAUUAUAGAGAACAGAAGAUGAACGGAAAAUAUAGAAGAAUGACACAAUAAAUUGUUUAUCCAGAGUUUACAUAGAAUGACUACGUUUCUAGGGACUAGUAGGAGGCCAUCCACUAUAAUUUUAAUCACAAAGAUAUAGAACCUCUUUCUUUUAAGGUUACAAAUUAACUUGCAUGGUCAAGUGAUAAGAGAACACACGAACUCCCUUUAUAUAUAUAAGAAUAAUCUAUUAAAUUAACCUAGUUGGAUUAGGGCAUUCGCCCCUUUCCAUAAACCAAUUAGGAAUAUUUUCAAAAUAUUUACCAACUUCCAUAACUUCAUGAAAAUUCCAGGAUUGUAUCAACUUUCAUAUCCAUAAAAAUGAUAUUUUUCUUAAUAUGACGGUUUUGUUUUGGUUUAAGUUAUUCGAUUUUCUUUGAUUCUAUCACCAAAUCUUGACAAAGCCCCUGAUGGAUAUUUUGGCAUAGUCCCGUAGCCAUGGACGAUUAGUCGACUUGGCCAGAGCAUUUUCUGGCUUGUUAGGCACGAGCAAAUUGUAUGCAACCGAGUGGCCCCACUCCAACCAGCCACGAACUUUCUAGCUCCUAGUUCAUGCGAACACACACGAGACUUUACAUAAUUGAAUUACUUUUAUAUAUCAGGUAGUAAUCUGUGCUGUACAAUUUUUUUUUAUCAGAUCGAAUGUAUUCAUUAAGUUUUAAUAUUAUUGAUAGAAGUUGUCUUUUAUCAAUAUUUAUUUUCUUCUUUUAUUUUUUUGUGCAGAUCUAAUGUAAUUAUAAGUUUAAAAUCAUUUGAUUUUAACAAUUAUUAGUUUGUGAUCUACAAAUUAAAAACAAAGAAAGUCAUUUUUUUAUUUCGAAAUAUACUAAUUGAUUAUAUAUGUAUUACGAAAAUAGUUUUAUGAAAUAAUAUAGUAUUUUUCUUGAAUUUUAAUAUUAAUUAUGUUAUUACUAUUUAAAAUUUGUAUUUUAAUAUAACAUUUUAUUAGUUAAUAUUGUUGUAAUGUUUUUAUAUAUGUGCUUAGUUAUUUACAAAAUUUUUAUGAAUUCAAAUUAAUUAUGACAAAUAUAAGGAUCAUAAGAUAAAAUAUAAAUGGUUUUGAUCUAAGUUUGAAGUUUUGUUUUUGGAUAAACUUCAAAUAUAAAAUUUUAGAAACUUUAAAAUAUAUUAUUGUUUUGGAGAUGCUUUUGAAAAAAAAAGACAUAUUGACGUCGAGUUAGGGUUUCCUCUUUACUUUUGCCGACUGAACUCUUUCAUUUUGCACUUAUUCACGUGGAGUGUUUCCACUCAUUUUCUCAUUCAACAUUAUGGCUCCGAAUGGUAACUGCGGUUUGAGCGGUGCGGGACAAGCGAUUCAACUGUGGUGCGGUUCUGACAGUUAUAAAAAUGUAUAAAUAUAUAGUAUAUAUAGAGAUUUUUGUUACUGUUAAUUGCAGGGCGAGGCGGGACGAUGGUCACCAUUCGAAGCCUAUAUCUCUCUUAUCGAUUAAUCAAAGCGUGUUUGAAAUAACUCACAAUCUGACUUUUUCAUGUUUUCAAAACCGACAAAAUUCCGAUUCAACAAAUUUCUCUAUUUUCUCUCGGUUAACGAAAUAAAAAUGAAAAUUUGUGUUGAUGAUAAGAAGAUUGAGAGGAACUAUUAUGGCUUCGAAUGGUGACUAUCGUCCCGUCCCGCUCUGCAGUUAAGAGUGACAAAAAUUUCUACAUAUACUAUAUAUCUAUACAUUUUUAUAACUGUUAGAACCACACCGCAAUUGAACCGCUUAUCCUGUACCAUUUAAACUGCAGUCACCAUUCGGAACCUAUAUAUAUAUUAGUUGAAACUUUAUAGUUUUUUUCUUCCCGAUCAAAAUUUAAUGUGACACUAGUGUCGCCACGAGUCUGUCCACUGGCUCUACAAUAAUUACACGUCCACUGGCUCUACAAUAAUUACACAUUGACGAAAGCGAUUGCUAAUGCAAAUCCGUAAGGAUAGAGCCAUAGAGGAAUAGUAGUCAUCGACAUGCAUGAAACUAGAAAGAUUUCGAUGGUUCCAAGGAAUCAAGAAUGGGUCCAUCUUCCUCAUUAUUAUAACCAAUUUGUCACCAUCGUUACAUCCAGAACAAAACUCAAAUUAUAAUGCAAUUUGUUGUUACAGUUUGAAACUCUGAGCUGUUAAAAAAAAACUUUUUAAGAGAAUUUCCAUUCAAAGCGUACCAUUAACUUGUAAAUUGCAAUAUAAACAACCAUUUCAAAGCAUAUUCUAAAUUUUAUUUUAGAUUCUUUUUAAUUAACAAGUUGCCGUUCAAUUCUGUUAUGUGAAAACGAAAACUAGAAAAAAAAAUCAACAAACCAAUUAAUGUGAUCUACAAACUACGCAAAACAAUCGAUGCAUUUAAUAUGUGAAUUGAUGAUACAGCAGUCUCCAAUAUUUGUUUCUGGGUUUUAAGCAGCCUCCAAGAUUGAAUGUGUAACAAUCAAGGAAAUUUUCAAAUAAAUUUGUUUGGUCUAGCGGUUCAAUGCGUCAUCUUGACCAUCGUUAAACAAUUCGCCUCGAAUUAUUUUCCAAUGUCCAUUGUCGUAAUCAAACCUUCCAAUUCGGCCUACAAAUACAAUGGUAAUAGAUUCUGUCUUUGAGGCUUACUAAAGCAACCGUACAUGUAAACAAAAGUUACACUGAAAAUAUGUAUGUUAGAGUCAUGGUGUUUUAAUCAUUACAAAUAGGAUACUAGAAUUUAUAGGUCUUUACAGUACUCAAUUAUAACUAAACACUAAAGUUAUUUUGGUUUAGUGAUAAUUUUAUUGAUGACGAACUGUACUGUUCGUCGACUAUUAUAAAUUUAGUGGUUAUCAGUUUGGCAACAUCGAUGUUUGGAAUUUCGUUUGCAGUUGAUGUGGUCGACUCGAAGAUGGUAUACAAGAAAAACAUUAAUACACAAACAAACAAAACUAACUAUAUUAAAAGGAUAAAUAGGAGGUAACAAACAAUAUAAAAAUAAAGACAAAAUCAAACAAAGGAAAAUAUCAAAAUACUAGUACGUGCGCGCUUCUACAAGAUCCCACGACGUUCUUCUUCAGCUCAUGAAUCAUCCACAUGUUUUUCCUAUAUAAAUGCAUAUCCAAACUCCAAAUAAGAAACGUCAACCCCUAAUUAAAACCUGCAAAGCUAGUGUUCUUGUCAAAGAGUUAAAUCCGAUUUCAUAAUAUAUAAAAUGGGAAUUAAACUCAGCCGUGAUCAUUCAACUUCAGCAAUCCACGACAACGAUCAUCACCAAGAUCUUGAAGACCAGAAGAUGAAGACGAAGAUUGGUGACGGUACGAGUCAAAAUCAAUCAAUCAACUUCAAGAUUCCACUUCAUUAUCCAAAGUAUACAAAGAGUGAUUAUGAGAAAAUGCCAGAGUGGCAAUUGGAUCAGCUUUUGAGAGAGUAUGGCUUGCCGAUCAUCGGAGACUCCAACGAGAAGAGGAAGUUUGUCAUCGGGGCUUUUCUCUGGUCGCCGGAGAAGGAUCACUAGAUGUUAUGAUCUGUGUAAGGCAUACUGUCCUUAUUAUAGUGUCUUACCCAAAAGAAACUUGUUAUAUAUGGUGAUUGUUUCUUUUUGUACUGGUUUAAAUAAAUGCUAACACAUGAUUGAAAAACA